AUGGCUCAUAAGAACAUUUCUUUCCAUAGUGCGAAACGAGUCGUGGAGGGUGAUGGUCCUUCCCCCCCUUUGGAUCGUAAUAAAUUUCUGAGCCCUACGUCGUGGCCUGAUCUGCCGAGUUCUGCCGGUCCGGCGUUAUAUUCAGAGGCACUGAGAGCCGAACCUUCUCAAUCGGCUAAGACGACUGUUCCACAAUCGAGAGAUAAAAGAGAACGCAUCUCACGCAAUAUACACAAUGACAAACGGAGCUCAUAUGAAGCCUCGCGCAAUUUUUAUAAAUCAUUUGAUCUUCGUGCUGGCAAAAUCACCAAGGAAAAACAUGGCAUUAUGAACACAGCCCGAUUUGGGGUGGGUCGCGGGAAUCUUCCCGACGACGAAGCGGAGUCUAGCCCGCGGGAGGAUCAUCGUAUUUUGGAGAUCAUUGAGAGCAUUUUAUUGCUAUUGCGAAGAACCCCGGGUGCGCGGGAGAUGCUGAUGCGCGCUCUGGCGGAAUCGGAUGCUCGUGACGGUCCCGGGAGGGGCCUUCCCCCUUUCCACAAUGAUGGGGGUGUUGGGGAGUCGGAUUGUAGAGUACUACCAAGAGGAUACAAAAGUCACAAAAAUGAACUAUCUAAAAUCGCACUGGAGUACGAUAUUAUCAUACUGACAGAGACUCGCUGUACCGGUCGUGUUCCAGUAUAUUUCCCUGGAUUCAAGACGCUCCAUAGCGACAACCUGCUGGGUAGUGGAGGUGUAUCCAUCUCCGUCCGUUCUCACAUCACUUUCGAUAUAUUGCCGAUUAGCGGGGCACUUCCGACUGACUACGAUGAUUUUGUCAGGAGGGAAAUCGAUUCCUUCCUCCUGCCAAAUUUGCCUUCUUUCAAGCUGGAUUGUGAAAAAUAUUAUCAGGCUUUCACUGACUCCCUUAAGGGGGCCGUCCAUCAGGCCUCUGGGGGACGGAGAGACAUAUUACGUGCAUCGGAUUCUCCACGAAAAACCAAGAGAUCCCAUAGAUGGUGGAAUGCGGACUGUGAUGCCGCUAUUCGGGACAGGAGGCUUGCCUUUGCUGAAUUUAAGAGGCUUAGAAACAUUCAUACAUGGAAUAACUAUAAGCGUUGUUGUGCUGUGGCCAGGAAAAUUCUUAAUCAGGCAAAAAGGGAGAAUUUUGAAGAUUUCUGCAAAGAAAUCAAUAGAUUUACGAGCCUUUCUUAUGUUUGGAGUACCAUUCGGAUCUUGAAGAAUGCUCGAAAAAAUAUAGAGUGGAAUAAAUGGCAGACCAAGGACAGAGAAAUGGAAAUUAGAAAAACAAUGGAUACUCUCGCUUCCCUUUAUGUGGGUGUGGACCCUUCUUUUGGAGCAGAACGCGCUUGUCCCAAUGAAGAACUUGAUGCUCCAUUCCUUCGAUCCGAGUUGGAUCGGGCGAUUGAAAUGAUCAGGAGGGACUCCGCUCCUGGCAUGGAUGGCAUGGAGUAUAAGAUGCUCAGGCUCCUUCCUGAAUCAGGCAGGGCCUGUCUCUUAGAACUAUUUAAUAUAGUUUGGUCUACUGGUGUGCUCCCCGCGGAUUGGUCCUGCUAUCAGGUGAUAUUUAUAGAUAAGGUUGGUCGGGAAAAGGUGCGCCCUAUCUCUCUCUCUUCAUGCGUUGGCAAACUUAUGGAGCGCAUGAUUAAUGAGAGAUUGAUCUGGUGGGCUGAAAAAGAAGAAAAAUUUAGCUCGUCACAGAGCGGUUUCAGGAGAGGGAAGUCUUGUGCCGAUAACCUGGUCAGGAUUACAUCAGAUAUCCGAGCUGCUCUGAGUGCGGGCAAAUAUACCUUGGCUGCUUUCCUCGAUGUCUCUGCGGCAUAUGACAGCGUGGAAUUCCAUAUCAUGCUGGAUAGGCUAGUGGCGCUUGGCUGUCCUGCGGGUAUAGUCAAUUUUGUUCGUAAUUGGCUAUAUCGAAGAAAAGUUCGAUUUAUCGUCAACUCCGGUGAGUUCGUGGAUCGCUUUGUUUACAGGGGCCUCCCGCAAGGCGCCGUGCUUAGUCCGGCAUUGUAUUCGCUCCUCACUCGGGCUCUCCGUGAGGAUCUUCCGGCUGGAGUUGAAAUAGUGGAGUUUGCGGAUGACAUUGGCCUAUACGUCUCGGGUCAUAAUCGACGUCGGAAUCGACUCCUGCUUGAGCAAGCCGCUAACAUUAUUGCUCAGAAAUUAAAACUUAUUGGCCUUGAUCUUGAACCUAAAAAAACAGUUUUGGUCGAAUUCAAUAGAAAUGGUUACGUCGACAAAAGUUUGAGCAUCAAUAUACAAGGAUGCGAUGUAUUCAACUGCGACGGGGCCAAAUUUCUUGGAGUUUGGCUUGACAACAGCCUUAAUUUUCACCGUCAGGUCCAGGAAGUUAGAGGCAAAGUUAAUAGGGCCAACUCUGUUAUGAGAUACUUGUGCGGGGUGUCAAGGGGCUUGGAGGUUAACACGGCCCUCAUGCUCUAUAAAAGUCUGGUUAGAUCUGUCUCAGAGUAUGGCAUCUUCAUAUAUUUCCCUAGAGACUCGGGAUUUCGGCUCAAGCUGGAAAGGACCCAAUAUAUGGGUAUACGCACCGCCCUGGGAUACAGGAACAGCACUCCCAAUAACGUUUUGAUAGCCGAAGCUAAAGUCAUGCUACUUAGAGAUAGAGCGAUUAUGCUAAGCAGGAACUUUAUUACAAAGGCUAUAGCUUAUAACAACAACGGUUUGUGUCUCAAAAUACAAUGUACCCUGGACCGAGAGAAUUAUCGCCGUUUUCUUCUUCCGACUUACAAAUUUUCUAUGCUUUCUGAAAUUUGGAGGAAACUGAGAUUAAGGACGGGGAUUGGACCUCGGAGACAGUUCGAAGUUUUUCAAGGCCCCUUUGGCGCGCAUACUUUUAGACCUUCCGUGGACCUGGUCACUGGUGAGUCAAGGAAGCAUGAGAGAUACCCGGAUGAGGUGCUUGUUCGUAACGUCGUCAGGAAACAUAAUUUGACCUUUCCUUUGGAAAUUAUUUACACGGAUGGUUCUUUUGAUGAGUCGUGCCGCUCGACGGGCGCCAGUAUUGUUAUAUCUGAUCAGGAUACUGCUUACAAGAUUAGCCUCCCGGGCUCGUGUUCUUCGUUUACUGCUGAGGCGUUUGCUAUCAAAUCUGCUCUUCAACUUAUGAUCCUGCAGCAUGAGGUUAGGAAGAGAGUCAUCGUCAUUAUGUCUGACUGUAAAUCUGCUCUACAAUCGAUUUACAACAAUCAUAUUAAUGUCCAUAAAAAUCGGUAUGUCACGGAAGCUAGACGCUAUAUUUUCGAUCUGGAGACUAUAUACGGCAAAACGGUUAUCCUGCUAUGGAUCUCAGCACACGUUGGCAUUGCUGGCAAUGAGCUAGCGGACGUGCUGGCUAAGGAAGCGUCACAGGAGGAAGCUGACCCUUCAAUCGAAGUGCCGGUUGGAGACUUUAGGACACAGGAUAAAUGGGAGUCUUGGGAGGCGACCCAGUCAUCGAUCGUGGGCGACUCUUCGCAUAAGGGAGCGUUCUACUUUGAGCAUUUUUUUGAUAGGCUGGCAACUAAACCGUGGUUUCAUAAAAUAAAUUCAGAGAGAUAUUUCGUAACGUUAAUUAACCGACUGAGGGCGAAUCACUUUAAUUUGGGCUCUUCAUUAAAAAGAAAGGGAUACGUGGAACAGGAAAGAUGUGAUUGUGGAUACGAGAGGGAGGAUCUUUACCAUGUAUUAUUGACGUGUCGUAAAUAUGACGACGCAAGAAUUGCUAUGGACAAGGAAUUGAGAGAGGCGAAAUUUUUUGCUAAUAUCGAUUUGUUUCGUAUCAUUGAAUCUAAACAGUGGAAUGUUUUGUAUAUAAUUUAUAAAUUUCUUAAAAGUAUUGGCAAAGUUAUUUAGAGGUUACAUAAU